AUUAAUGGCUGUUGUUAGCUAAGCUAGCCAACAGCAACCAUUCACCUUCAUCAUUCUUUUUUAUUUUGCUUUAUAUUCCAUGUUGCCUAAUUCUAGAAAGUAAUCGUUGCGGCUCGGAUCGAUUGGCGGCUUGAUAAUCGGAGUCAGAGAAAAUGCGGGGAAAGGCGGUUUCGGGGAAAGCAAUUCUGGUAUUGUGCCUGGCUAGCUUUCUUGCAGGAUCCCUAAUAACUAGCAGAACUUGGACUUCUCAAUCUCAUAACAACAAUCAUCCUAUUGUGAACCAUGUUACUGCUAGCAAUAAAUUGGGAGAAUUUGAUCACAAAUUACGUAAAUUAGGCGAAGGAAAGGCAGAAGAUAUAAUGGGAGAAGUCUCCAAAACUCACAAGGCUAUACAGUCUCUGGAGAAAACAAUAUCCAAUUUGGAAAUGGAACUGGCAGUGUCUCGAAUGAGCAGUGUAGGGAAUGGGGUUACACUGCAAAAACCAAGAUCAUAUUCAAACCACACAUUGCAGAAGGCUUUUGUGGUUAUAGGGAUUAACACUGCAUUUAGCAGCAGGAAACGAAGAGACUCCCUUCGCCAAACUUGGAUGCCUACAGGGGAAAAACUAAAGAAAUUAGAGAAAGAGAAAGGGAUAGUAAUAAGAUUUGUGAUAGGGCACAGUGCAACAACUGGUGGUGUACUUGACAAAGCAUUGGACAAAGAAGAGGCUGAGCAUAAGGAUUUUCUAAGGCUUAACCAUGUGGAAGGGUACCAUCAACUCUCUACCAAGACCAGACUCUAUUUCUCCACUGCGGUUUCCAUGUGGGACGCUGAGUUCUAUGUUAAGGUUGACGAUGAUGUCCAUCUCAACUUGGGUAUGCUGGCUACAACACUAGCACAAUACCGAUCCAAGCCAAGAGUGUACAUAGGGUGCAUGAAAUCUGGACCAGUUCUUUCUGAGAAAGGGGUGAAAUAUCAUGAACCAGAGUACUGGAAAUUUGGAGAAGAUGGAAACAAGUAUUUCAGGCAUGCCACUGGUCAAAUUUAUGGCAUUUCCAAGGAUCUUGCUGCCUAUAUUUCCAUCAACUCGCCCAUUUUGCACAGAUACGCCAAUGAAGACGUGUCGUUAGGAUCAUGGUUGAUCGGGUUGGAAGUUGAACACGUGGACGAUCGUUCCAUGUGUUGUGGGACCCCUCCAGAUUGUGAAUGGAAGGCACAAGCGGGGAACAUAUGCGUGGCAUCAUUUGAUUGGUCGUGCAGUGGAGUGUGUAAGUCGGUGGAGAAGAUGAAAUACGUGCACAACUCUUGUGGAGAAGGCGAUUCUGGUAUUUGGAAAUCUGAUUUUUAAGUUGCCUCCCUAGUCCUACCUCCUCAUCUGCUUUUUAUUAUCCUUCAAAUUUAUUAUUAUUAAGUAGUAAAAUUACUUCAAGAACUUUCGACACUUUGCAUACUUCUUUUAUUAUUAUUAUUAUUAUUAUUAAAUUAUUUUAAUGUUUUUUUGACCAUUUAUAUUUAUUAAAAUCA